AGGGCGGGGGCGCCCGGAGUCCCCGGGGAAGGAGGCUCUGGGCGAGCGCGGCUGCACUGGGCGGUCCCGCAGGAGGCGCCAGGUGUCCUCUGGCGGCCGGGAAGUGAGACCCGAAAUUGGAACCGGGGAAGCCCUUGGCCUUCCGGUUCCCCGGCCGGCUCCUGCGUCUUCGCGCGGGGGAACCGCAAUAUUAAACAGAAAGAUCGGCUCGCAGCUGGCGCGUCGGGGAUGCCGGCCUGCGUUUUGCUUGCGGGGUGUCAGACCGGCAAGAAGCUGGGGCGCCCUCGUCCCUGACCGCACCGUCUCUGCGGAAGCAGGGCCGGGGUGGGGAGGCCUCGGGGGGGCCCCCCGCCGGUCUGUCACGGUGCCCUCUGCUCCGGGUCCUCGAACGCGCAGCCCCUGCAGGUCAGGGCCGCCCAGUGCAGCCCAACCCUGCCGUUAUUUCUCAACGAUAUUUAAAAGCAAUGUGAAAAAACCCAUUGCAAGAUUUAUUCCUCUGUGAUGGAGAAGUAUGAAAAAAUAGGGAAAAUUGGCGAGGGGUCCUAUGGAGUUGUUUUCAAAUGCAGAAACAGGGACACGGGCCAGAUCGUGGCCAUUAAGAAGUUUCUGGAAUCGGAAGAUGACCCCGUUAUCAAGAAGAUUGCCCUUCGAGAGAUCCGCAUGCUCAAGCAACUCAAGCAUCCCAACCUGGUCAACCUGCUGGAGGUGUUCAGGAGAAAGCGGAGGCUCCACCUGGUGUUUGAAUAUUGUGACCACACAGUGCUCCAUGAGCUGGACAGAUACCAAAGCGGGGUACCAGAACAUCUCGUGAAGAGUAUAACUUGGCAGACACUGCAAGCUGUAAAUUUUUGCCAUAAACACAAUUGCAUACAUAGAGAUGUGAAGCCAGAAAAUAUCCUCAUCACAAAACAUUCAGUAAUUAAACUGUGUGACUUUGGAUUUGCUCGGCUUUUGACUGGACCAAGUGACUACUACACAGACUAUGUGGCCACUAGGUGGUACCGCUCCCCGGAACUGCUAGUGGGGGACACACAGUAUGGUCCCCCAGUGGAUGUCUGGGCAAUUGGCUGUGUCUUUGCCGAGUUGCUGUCAGGAGUGCCUCUGUGGCCGGGAAAAUCUGAUGUGGACCAACUUUAUCUGAUCAGGAAAACCCUGGGGGAUCUCAUUCCUAGACACCAGCAGGUCUUUAGCAUGAAUCAGUACUUCAGUGGAGUGAAAAUCCCGGACCCUGAGGAUAUGGAACCUCUUGAGUUAAAAUUUCCAAAUAUCUCCUAUCCUGCCCUGGGACUCUUAAAGGGUUGCCUGCACAUGGACCCUGGCGAGAGACUGACCUGCGAACAGCUGUUGCGGCACCCGUAUUUUGACAGCAUCAGAGAAGUGAGAGGGCUGACAAAAGAACCUGACAAACCAACAAGGAAGGCCCUGAGACAGAGCCAAAAACACCUGCCCAGGGUAAAGACUGUGGCUUGCUUGACAGAAACAACCAAGCUGCAGUACCUACCUCAGCUAACGAGCAGCACCAUCUUUCCCGCUUUGGAGAAUAAGAAGCAGUACUGUCAUGUCAAGAAAUUUAACUACCGCUUCCCAAACAUUUAAAGAGUUAAGAGAUUGAUUAUAAAGGAAGAGUUGAUCAGUAACUUGAAGAAAAUGAAUCUCAAACAUUUGAUUGAAAACAGUUACGGUGGUUGAAAGCAUAACUGGGAGGCUACUUGGCAAGAUGUGAAGGGAAAUUCCAGCAAACAGUUUUGUCUUCCACGCCUGGUGCUGGGGUCCAGAAUAGAAAGGAAAGACCCAUUUGGAAUCUCACUUGUAAUUUUGUUUAUCAAAGCAGCUGAGCUAUGGGUAGAAAAUAAACUGCAUCGACUGCCCGUACCUCUGGCAAAGUCAGAUAAUGUUACAAAGAUUGAUGCUUCCGUUGUACGCUGUGCCACAUGUGAAUAAUGGAUCCCACACUACCCAGAUGUGGUCACCUUGAGUCCUGUCCCUUGCCUUUCAGGUUGUUUCAACAUCAUCUCGAAGGGAGUCUUACUUCUUGAAAUCGAAAUGUUUAAAAUGCCACUUCCUGCUUACUCAAUCUCUUGAUCUUUUUAAAUUUUAAAACUUUUUUUUAGAGUAUCUAAAUUGUUCAGCCAUAUUUAAACUCAUACUGAUUAUCAUAAAGACUUUAUAAGAUGUUUAAUAGUUGAUGUUUAUGAGUUUGGUACAUACAUUUUUGUUUUCACCUUUAGUAAACGAUGCACCUUAGUCAUUCUUGCAUGCAAGACGUAUUUACUGUACUCAUCUACCCUUGUUUACCCAGUUCUUCUUGUGAAUGAUGGCAUGAAGCUUGGCUGCUGACCAAAGCGCUCAGGGUAGAACAAGACCUACAGGCUUCACAGGUCCUGAACCUGUCAGCUGGAAAAUAAUUAGGCCUUCGUUCUCUCCAGCUCGGCCUCAGACAUGCAGACAGAUCUAUAGGUAGCACUGUGUGUACUGAUGUGGGUUUGAUAGGAACGGGCUGGCCACUUUUACCGGAGUCAUGAAAGGUGUUAGGUUGUUAGCUGACAUGUUCCCUGAACACCUUUCCCUACUACGGUGUUGGUGUGGAUAUGUGCAUGUGUCCUUGCUGACACACAUGUGGGUACAUGCAAUCUCAACACCUAAUACAGCUAAUAAGAGCAAAUGAUUAGUGUUGACGAUUCCUAGCUUUGGACAGGGAGAUUUGAAGUAAUUUUGAUUUGGUCUACUGCUCCUAAACAAAAAGCUUUUUUCUUGGUACCAGGGAUGGAACUCAUGCUUGCAAGGCAGGUGCUUUGUGCUGCUGAGCUAACCCCCAAACCACAGAAAGCCUUUCUGUGCUUGCUCCCUGCACACAGGGCCAUGUGAAGCCCCACCCCUUCCUUACAGCUCAAUUCAUUUCUGGUUGCCAAACUGUUCUCAGCCUGGCUGUUCUCAGCCGUGGUUCUCCAAGCUGCGUUUCAUUGGCUCUUCCACACAUUUCUUCUGCACGCUCACCGUCUUCCUGUGUUAAUUUUCUUUGUGACAGCACUUGACCCCAUUCACUUACUGCUAACUUGUCCACUGGAUUCUGUCAUCUCAGUAACUGGCUCCCGCAGCCAUAUUCUAAGGCUUCCUCACGGGUGUAGCAUAGAUCUGAUAGUGGUAAAAUAACAGUCCCAGGAUUACUCAAUUUCUGGUCUACAGCCUUGAUUCGAGUGACGUGGAAGGAUAUCCAACUCCUGUGUUGUCUUUCUUGUCUCUCUCGGUCCAUGAAAAUGUAUUUGACGAAGGCAGAUGACUGUAACUGCCUGAUUCAUCUAAUAGUUUCACAGAAAAACCAUCCAGAGUAGAAAAGUAGCUCCAAGCCGGGUGCGGUGACACACACCUGUCGUCCCUGCACUCCGGGGGCUGAGGCAGGAGGAUCAUUGCAAGUUUGAGUUCAGUCUGGGCUACACAGUGAGCUGAAGGCCAGCUUGAACUGCAUAGUGAGACCCUGUCUCAAAGAAACGAAAAGAAAAAGUAGUUCCAGACUAAAUCGUAAAGAAUCAGUUGUCUCACCACACACUAAUAAAACUAAUGUGAAAAAAGGCUCUUUUUUCUCUAAUGAAUUCUAUUAAAUUUAUGCUUGAACUUAAUUUAACCAUGUCACUUUUUGGUUCAGCACAGAACCACCACUAUAUACCUGAAUCUGUUUGACAUCCUUUUUAUAUACCAUUUUGAUUUUCAAUGACAAUUGUAAUUCUGUUAGUAAACUGUGUAUUAUUUAUGCUAUGUUAUUUACAUAAGGAGGUUCAUUUCAUUUCCCUUACAAAAUAUGGGUGAAUGUCUCCCUAUAUGCUUAGUUCUAAAUGUCACUCAAAUUCAUUUCUUUGCUUACAGAUAUAUCAUAUAAAAAGUUUAUUUUACAUUCAUUUCCAGUAAAGUUUAUAUUGACUAGUUUAAUGUUAAAACCAAAUAUACAGAAAUCCACAAAUAAAUCAGCACACAACCAACAAUAAUGGAAUCAGAACUAUUUGACGUAGGUAAAAAUAAAGACUUAUUUUUAUCUAUUUAUGUCAUGCUUCAUUGCUAUUUUCUAGACAUAAAUUGAGUUUUAUGUCUAGUUUUAUGUUUAUUUAUACUUGCAUUUAAUGUCCCUUCAGCUCAUAGGAGGCAGCACCCAAGGUAUUUGAGGGAAGAAAAAUUAGUGUCUAUUGAUACAUUAAAAUUUUACUUAAAGCAAAUUUUUGGUCUGUUGUUGUUUUGAGACAGGUACUUACUAUGUAGUUCAGGCUGGCCUUGAACUCCUGGAGAUCCUCCUGUUUCAGCCCCUCCAGUGCUGGGAUUACAGGCAUGUGCCAUCACAUCCAGCUUUAAACUAUUAAUUGGAGAAAACACCUAAGUGAAGCCUGGUGUUGUUUAAGAUUGCUACCUUUGUUCUCCUGCAAUCAGCAAACUCUGAAUUGAGCCAAGAUGCACGUGCAAUUUUAAUCGAACACUUGCCUAAGCUAAUCACAUAGGCAAGUUAACCAGUGAAUAUUCUGGGAAAACUUACGUAGCACCAAACACACAGUCACGCAACACCCUGAGACGUGUGCAAACCUAGGAAGCAAUGUGCAAUGCACACGUGGACAACCACUGACCACUGCAUAAUCCACCCAUCAAUGAAUCUGUAAUGCAUAAUUGUGCAUUUGUAGUAACAUGCUUCUGUAACUCUACAGUCACAAGAAAGUGUAACCAAAGUUGUGAAAAUACAAUAAAGAGUAUUUGUGUUGGGCCAGGGAUUUAGCUCAGUGGUAUAAGCACCUGCCUGGCAAGCAUGAGGUUGCAAAUUUGAUCCCCAGAACAACAACAACAAAAUAUUUGUGUUGCACAGUGAAUUCAUUUUAGAGAACUCUGUCAAUAUCUACAUCAAGAAAUAACAAUAUAUAGCUGUUUUAAAUGAAUGCAUUAGACUUAAAAUACCACCUAGUUUGCAUUUUUCUUAAAAUGAUUUAAUUACAUAAUUUCUCACUUCCAACUUAGUAACAUUAGCGAGUUAUGUCUGAACAUUUAUUUUUUCCACAUGAAAGUUAUUUUUUGUGCUUCUAAAAUGCCAUGAUAUGACACUGUUAUGGUUCUACUGAUGAUUAUAUAUUUGUUAUCUUUUAGGGCCAACAAUUCCAAAUAAUCCUUCAUACUGAAAUAAAACACUAUUAUUUUACUUCAGUUGUAAUUCUAGUUCAAGAGAAGGCAGUGUUGUCUUAAAAACUUGGACAAUAUUUUCUUUUUCUCUUACUCCAGGAAGAUCACUUAACAACAAAUACUUGAGGUUUCUGCAAAGAAAGAAAGAAAAAGUCACCUCAGUUUGCCCUUUAUUGUCACAGAUUUAAAAAUUAAUUCAUCUGGGCCAGGUGGUUCAUUCCUGUAAUCUGAGCUACUCUGAAGGCUGAAGCAGAAGGACUGCAAGUUUGAAGCCAACUGGGCAGCUUAGUGCAGAGGCCCCGGGUUCAAAUCUCAGUAAUGAAAACAGAAACCCAAAACUCUAUUCAGUAACUUUUAGGAAAAAUUAUAUACAGAAUUAUAUACAGAUACAGGUAUUUAUAUCACCCUUAUAUCUUUGAAGGGACUUUUACAGCAGUUGUCUUAGAGUGCUACUUUAAAUGGAAUGAAAUGCUAGGAACUAAGAUUUUAAAAAUUAUAAUUUUGCUUAAUCACAUCAAUAUUUCUAGCUGAAUCUUUUUAAAUUAUACACAUAUGUAAGGUAGUACAUAUCUCCUUUGCAUGUGAAAUAUGAAAUUUGAAUCUUACCCAAAAAAAGGGAAGAAAGUGGGAAAGUUCUUAAAAAUGCUCAAGUUUCUAUUAGAAGAAGGAGUUUUGAAGCUCCAGUGUAUGUAAGGAGAUGAACAAUCUAAUAUUUUGGGGACCUAAUAUUUAAAAUUUCUCAAACUUCCUCUGAUACUGAGGUGUUGGCAGAUCAUUACCUAUUUACGCAGAACUACAUUAGCUAGGUUUAGAAUCGGAAUGACAGAAUAUCUAAAAUAGGGAUUUCACAAAACACAAUCUUUCGUCGUCUUCCUAAUGACUCCCAAUCCUGCAAUUUUAGAACUAGGCAUUCCUUGCCUGUCUUGUUUCUCGGCAUUUGGGAUGGGGCACUAGCUCCAGGCAAGCUAAUGAAUGGCACAGUGUGUAGGUGGCAGGAAGGGAUGUGGGGCAGCUUUCCUAAACUGAUAGGCGGGUGUUUUCCGAAAUUAAAGUGGCAGGCAGUGUCCUGGGCUCGAGACAGGCGGGUGACUGCUUUAAGACUUCCCCUGCCCCCCAAAGCAAUGUACUUACAAUGUUAAGUGCUAAUCGGUACGUACCAAAUGUCAUGAGGAUACUGAACACCUGGGAAAAUGGGUUCAAAAGAUGGAGAGGAAGCACGAUAGCUAAUGCUUUUUGAGGGCUUAUUGCGGCAAGCACCACAAAUGCUGCUUUAUGUAGAUUUAAUGAUUUAAAAGAUGUCCCUUAAAAAUGCAAUAAAACUUGAGUGUCAAGUGUUAUGCUUGAUCACUCUGAAGUAUCAUAAA